AUGCACCAGUCACUGACGUCUUUCGCUUCCGUGGGGCGGGGAUUGGGACGCACUUCCACGUCGUCAUCCUCGCGAUCACGAAGAGUGAUUUGGGCGACGAAAUCUCAAGUACGAAACUAUGGGUUUGGGGAUUUCCACUCGAGUGAAGCUUUACCGGGUGCAUUACCGACGCGCCAGUUCGCGCCGCAGCGGCCACCCUAUGGUCUCUUUCCGGAGCUCGUUUUAUGAAUUUCAUACUGAGGAAUAAAAGACAUCAACAAAGUUAUUAAGAAAAAGAUGAUGUCUAUGUGUUGGCCAAUGGUCACUACUGGCUCAAGAUCCAAUGAAUGAACCGGAUCUCAAUGCCAAACGUCUGCUCUUACUCGUCACCUUGAUCAUGAUCAAUACCGUUCCUUGUCUUGAACUCUUGUUAGUUCUUCGCGUGAUCAUCAUUUGAACUCAAUGAGUUCCAACAUGAAUGAGCCGCAAGAUCUCCCAGAUCUUUAACUGCACUAUGGCCCUUCAUGAUAUCCCAAUGACAUUGAACCCAUUUUGAUACCAUUUCAGGGCCUUAGACACUCAGUGAUCAUUCGGCGCGUCCGUUCUGCUCGUCUUUCUGUUACAUUGCAACGAUAUUGAUGCCAUUUGCUCUCAAGAGCCUCAUAGUGUGCUUGGACGUGUUCGGGUGUUCCAACACUAUGCGCCAUGUCUUUGUACGAUAAAGAACAAGCAGAAGAAGUUAUACUAGCAAUGACAGUUGUGUUGUACUAGAUGCUUGAGCUAGUAGUACGACAAGGGGAGUCAGCACGUUCUUUGACAACGAAUACACAACAAGGUAGUAUUACACAUUGCUUUAUAGCUUUUAUCAUUCCAGUUCUGGACCUCCUAUGAGUGUGAAUAUCAUCUAGACUGACGCAAUUUUUCAUCUAACAGAGUAUACAGUGCACCACUUGUGAUACAAGAUUGAACAUGCGGCUUCUGCUGUAGGAGAGAUCAGACUACAAAAGGAGCACUCACUUCAUGACAUGCAGUCAUUGUUUUACCUAGUUGUUUGCUUUUCCUUUCAUAAGUUCUUGAGCCGUGGUCGUAUUAGUUUGUUUUUGCUUUCAUUUUGAUCGGGCACAUCCUUCACUGCUCCACGCGCGCACAACCAGUACACAUGGAUGUACCGGAUUCGACCUAGUGUGGUGCACGACCCAGGCAAGGACCUCACUGCAACAGACGUGGCAAAUCGUCGAUGGACUGUAAAACCUGCUGUUAGCCCUGUCCCACCACUGCAGUUCAGAUUUCCUAGAGUCGAAGUACUAUUCAUUGAAACUUUUGCUGACGUCUAGUUAGUUCUCUCUGCUCGAGUCAUGUGAUCAGAGAGGUCUUUGUCUGAUAAGAUUGCCAAUUACGAAAUAGAUACCUGAGACUUUAUGAGCCAACACAAAAACAAAAAAUACUUUUUAUCUUCACGAAAACAUCUGAAGGUUGACCCGACAUUAGGAUUGAAAGACCCUGUAGACUUUGUAGAUGGGCAGACUACGAUAGCAGUGAACGGAUGUGCGGAUAUGCAGACUGGAGCUGCUGCGGGAGUGUAUACCUGCUCCAAGUCAAUGAACAUUAAGGGUUGGUAAAUGACAGCUUUGAAUGAAAGUGUAUCUUCAUUAUGGUAAAAGUUGGUGAGACCACCUUCGCUUCCAAAGGGAUGAGAGCCACAACUACAUGAAUAUGCGAGACAAUUAGGAAGUAGCUAGUUUACUAGUCGCGCCCUCACGAAGCGUAGUCUCUACGGCUAUCUGGAAAGAUAGCAACAGGAUUAGAGCUAGAACUAAGUGAAAAUUACUCAUGCAAGAGGACAACUAGAAGGAGGUUGAAACUAUGUUUGUGGUUGUAGAUGUCGUUUGUAAACUACUCUAAGAACUAGCGCGUCCUGAGAAAUCACGAUGCAGACAUGCUCAUCAUUCCGCAGGAAGGGGCUCUCAUAAUAAAAACAGAGCUGGGUGAAUUAGAAGUGAAGCCACAGGUACUAGUGACUUGUUCGCACAGGAGAUCUUGUUGUACAGCGAUGUAGUGUCAACUGCUAGAAAAGUAUACAUAGUAUCAGAUUGAGUUGUAUGCUCAUGUUCCUCCUCGAUGCAGAUGAUGAUGAGAUGUCCUCUUCCAGCUGUGGACCGCGAUUAAAUAUAACGAUGACUAGAUUGAAAUUAUGGUGUCUUGGACUUGCAAAAGGAAGAAAAAAUAAUUUCAGAAGAGUUUUUUCACCUUCUUCAUUCUCCGUACCAACAGAAAUUUUGCCUGAUACCUCGCGGACUGUCUGUCCAAGUACGACUAAAGUCAGAGGGCAAUACUUGUCGCGGAUACGUGCUCGAAAAUUUUGGCUCUCCUUUCGUAUUACCGGAGCUAGGUCCCAUUGGGAUUUCGUCGGGGCUUGCACAUCCGAAAUACUUCACGCCACCAGUGGCCCAAUUCGAGGAUGUAGAGGAGAAAACAGAGUACAUUGUCAAAUUCCAGGACAACUUUUUUCGUGGCGAAAGUAACUAUUUAUGAAAAUCAAGAGAAAGAGAUUCGAAUUGGAAAACCCGAUAUAAGAUAUCUAUUAGAAGAUGCUCCAUCUGAACGAGCAUCAAGAUUUUGUAAAAAUGACUAAUAGGCCUGUUUAGAGCCACCGGACGAUGAAAAUAACGCUGUACGUGGAAAAGAAACUAUGCAAUUUAACAUAUUUUAAAAUGAAGCUGAAAUAUUGAUUAGAAAACAGAAGAGGUUUUCAACAACAACCUCUCCUCCUCGUCUUUUUUCAUGUUUUUCGCCUUUCGAUGUGGUAGCGUAUUAUGGGAGCCACGUGCCAGUGGUGUUCGACCUGCGGGAUUUUAUGGCGAUUAACACCGUUUCCCAUGACCAUCCAGACCCGUCGAUUGGUUGUGUCAUGAGUAGCUACACCACUGCGCCGGGUAUCGCGAAUAUCGACUUUGUCGUCUUUCCUCCGCGAUACGUAGUAGCAGAGAACACGUUCCGACCGCCCUGGUUCCACCGAAAUUGGAUGAGUGAAUUCAUGGGGCUCAUACAGGGCAGCUACGACGCGAAAACGGGCUUUGUCCCGGGUGCGACGAGCAUCCACAAUCAGUUUGUGCCUCACGGACCCGACCGAGAUACGGUCGAGACCGGGUACGCGGACGAGAGCCCUGCGGCGAGGGGAGAGCCGGAGCGGUAUAACAAUGCGCUUGCUUUCAUGUGGGAAUCGAACCGUAUUUGGCGGCCGACGGAAUUCGCCAUGCAAAUCCGGGAUCUAGACUACCGACUUUGCUGGGCAGGAAUAAAGAAAAGGUUCGACGCUUAUAACGAGCCACCGCAUCCUCAGUUGCGCCCAUCUGAGUCUCGCAUAAGCCGCAGUUGGGACGAUUAAAAGCUAUAUACUGUAGAUGUGAUGUAUUUUUGACAAGUCAUGACAGGCCGUCCUAAACAAUUAUGACUGCUGACGGUAGGUUGCAACUGCGCUGCAGAAUUUCCCGAGACGGAGGAGCUGAAUAAUAACUUCGACGCUGCUUAUCAAUCAUGUCUUCAUGUUCAUGGGCCCUGGCGCAUCUUCCUUCAGAUGUUUUUCCUUCGUGUGAAAUAGAAUGCUCAAUUUGAUACAAACGUGGCAAGUGCAGCUGUGGUCCGUGGCGCAAGCAAUGUGCUUACACGUUCCGUCAUUCAUACGGCUGCACAGCAUAGUUAUAAUUGUAGUUACACUCAUGUCGUCUUAGAAAUUACAGAAGAAGUUGUAUAAGAGGUGACUGCCGUCAACAUAUCCCCGCACUUACAUUCUUUCGCUGCACAUCAACCCCAGAGAUGUAUACGGCGAUGCUUGAGUAGUUGAGUGUAUUGAAAGGUACAUCGAUUAUUGUAGCGAAAUCUCAGUCAGUUGUAAUUGGAUGCAAGACAUACACUAUCCUGAUUUUCUCAGCAUCGCGUAUUUAGAGCAGAAGGCGCUCCUGCGUCCUGAUGAGUAAGAAUAUGAAGAUAUUAGGACGGUUUUUUAGCGGUUUUGCAGCUUUUGUAGGAGUUUGCAUCUGAUGGAUUGCAGGAUUGUAUAGGUGUGCAAAGCGGACACAGGUUUCUGUAUCUGAAUUUUGAAGUAACUUCGUAGUUGUUUUUUUGACCUACUAGGCAUUUUGAGUUUAUGCUUUUUCUCACAACUUUGCUCGAUCAAUUGCGCAUUGCCCUCUGGCUCUUCCUCUCAAAAAUCGAAAUGACGGGAGCCCUACGCAUUGAUUUUUCUACGCCAAAACUUCAUAGAAAGGUCCCUUCAGAAACAUUUUUUAGGAUGUUUGAAGAUAAGCUUGGGUCUCACUCCCACUCCUCAAUUUCGGAGCACCUUCAU